AUGUUGGAAUAUAUAAACUAUUUAUUGAAGAAAAUAUUGAUUCUUUUCAUUACAGGAUCACUAAUACUAUUUCAAUAAGAAUGGCAUGAUUAUAGAAUAUUAAUUUUAGUCAUAAUAAAUAAAAUUAUGAGACCUAAGUUUAUUAGUUAUGCUAUCGAUUAUGAAAACUUUUACAGAAUUUUUUUUAAUAAUUCUUCUCAAUGUCUCAUCAAAUUAAUAUAAAAUAAUAAAUUGAUGAAAGAUUCAAUAAUUUAAAAUGUAUUAGUGAAAAGUACUGCAGGAUAACUAAUAUACGAAUGCAUGGUAGCACAUGUAUAUGCAAAAUUAGGGUGAAUUUUAAAAAAGGAGGCUUCUUUUAUCCCAGGAUGUAAAGAUUAUUUUGAUUGGUAUUUUUGGUCUAGUGAGAGAAACAUAUAAUUAGAAAUAAAUAAUCUUAAAGAAAUUCUAUAAUAUUAAUUAAAAAUAGUAAACAUCAGUAGAAUAUAUCGUUUUCUUUUUUGGAGUUUAUGAUGGAUUGAUCCUAAUUAAAUUUUAAACUUAAAUAUUUAUUUGCAAUAAUUUAGAGAAUCAUAGAAAAUACCUACUUAUAUAUAUUUGA